ACAAGUGAGUGCACGUUUCUUUCUUUAGUUCUGGUGCGGGAGGGAGGAGAAGGAGAUGGGAGAAUCAUUUCCUAUGACCGGCGGAGAUGGUCCUCACAGCUACACCAAGAAUUCCAGUCUACAGAGAGCGGCAGCUGCUAGUGCAAAAUCAAUGCUGACUUCAGGGAUCCUGGAAAACCUUGUCGUAGAGCAUUCUUCGAAGAUGUUUGCUAUUGCUGAUUUAGGUUGUUCGACUGGACCGAAUACAUUUAUAGCUAUGGACAAUAUAAUAGAAGCCGUCACACAGAAGUGCGAAAUCAAAGGCUACUGUAGCCUCCCAGAGUUUCAAGUGUAUUUCAAUGAUCAUGUUUCAAAUGAUUUCAAUAUUCUCUUUGCGAAUCUGCCUCCAGAUAGGAAAUAUUUCGCAUUUGGAGUUCCAGGUUCUUUUCAUGGAGGAUUAUUUCCAAAGGCUAGCCUUAACAUCAUUUACUCAGCAUUUGCACUGCAUUGGCUAUCUAGGGCACCACAAGAGCUGGGUGAUGUGAAUUCACCAGCAUGUAACAAGGGCAGGAUCUAUUAUUCAAAUGCACCUCAUGAAGUUGGUCAGGCCUAUUCACUUCAAUAUGCAAAGGACAUGGAGUCCUUUCUAGCUGCUCGAGCAGAAGAGCUUGCUCCUGGUGGCUUGAUGAUAAUUCUCAUGCCAGGACGUCCGGAUGGAACUCUGCCAUCUCAAAAUUCGCUUGGCCCCUUUAUAAAGCCAUUGGAAUCAUGCCUUACAGACAUGGUUGAUGAGGAAAUAAUACGCAAUCACGAAAUCGACUCAUUCAACAUGCCCCUGUAUAGCCCUUCAAUGGAAGAGCUAAGAAAACUGAUAGAGAAAAAUGGUUGCUUUGGGAUUGCAAGAUUGGAAACACUGCCUCCGAUGUCUGUUCCAUUACCUUCAGUUGAAGAAUGUAGAUCCGGAUUUGAAAGCAUUUUAAGAAAACACUUCCGCAGUGAAAUUAUUGAAGAGCUAUUCGAGAGAUAUCCUGCCAAAAUCGCUGGGAAACCGCCAAUUAAGGCAAGUGAUGGCUUUACCAUUGGAUUGUUUGUAAUUCUCAAGCGCAAUGUCUGAUAAGAUAUAUAUAUAUAUAUAUAUAUAUAUAUAAACUACAAACUCAUCUGUACAUGUAUAAUAUAAUAAAUCUUAUGGGAAUUUGGGGUA